AUGGCGGAAACGUCCUCGGGCCUCAAGAUUCUUCUCCACAAGCACGUGAAAGAACGAGGGCCGGUUCCUGUCUCGAGCCAUGGCGAUCGGGAUAGGAUUAUUGUAAGAGCCGUCGUUCUUUUGUAUUGUCUUCUGGAUCCUGCUGAUGAACUCUUUCCAUUGGUUCUUCCCUGGUCGGCUCCUGGUUUUUAAACUUGGUAGCCCAUUUGUGCCUUCGUCAAACCCUAGGAGUAUGUCUUCAUCGGAGAGUUGAGCACUGCGCUAAUUCAGUUUUGUGCGGUUCUUGCGGUGACAUCCCACAAAGAGAAAUUCAGGUGCAGGGAGCUGAAAUUUUCCUUCUACGUUGUGUAUCUUGUUUUUCGGCGAGGUCCGUGGUCUAACGACCCUUUCUAACACCAUCUGAAUGCACCGAUGAAUCGCAUAGGAGUAGUCGAACUGGUGACUGGAUGGUAUUUCUGCUUUGACUCAUGAACUAAAGGCUGUUAGCAGAUUUUUGUGUAAUUAUAUGUUUGUUCCUUUGCUUCUUCACAACUAUAAAAGUGGUGCUGAGAAGGGAAAUCCGUUAUUUCUCAGGGGAACGAUAGCAUAUACAAUGAUUUGAUGACUUUGUCCAAAGAAGAAAAUGCUGAAGAUGGCUGUAGGACCGGCGAUUCUUGAUAAGACUGUGUUAGUCAACUAUGAAAAACCCAAGUAAGAAAAUAGUAGAAAAUCUAGAUAUUAGAAAGUCUUAUUGAAGCUGGAACGAGAGAACUGAUGAAGUGAUCUGGCUUGUAUGAGUCGCAUACCAAUAUCAUCAGCGAAAAAAUGUGGAGAAGGUUGUCUGUAAAGAGACUUUAAUCGUAAUGUUUCUCUACUGGGAGGAACUUGUGGAGGAGUACCAUUUAGGUUCUGGUUAAAUAGAAAAAUCAGUGGCGCUGAUGGAAGCUAAGGUUGCCUAACUAGCAUAGCGUUAGAUAAAAGGCCCGAGAUGCUUUCUUCAAUCAAAUGGCUAGACUGCCAAACUGCUUUUUUAUGAAGUCAUUAGUCUGGGUGUGCGCUAUCUCAAAGUCGAAUAAUGUAUUGAUCUGGGAAAAAUGCAUUUGUUGAUUACUUAUAUUUUGGUCCAAAAUUCUCACAUAUUCCCUGUAAUGAGGGAUUUUUGAGUUUGACGUAAUUGCAGCCAUCAUUUUUUUCCCUCAACUUGUUAAUUGGUAAACCUAGUUGGCUUAACGAACACAUCCGUGGAUUUUAGUUCUGUAUCCUUGCUUCUUUCCUGCUGUUGUGAAAACUCCUAUACUGCUUCUGUGAAUUUGAUCUCAUCUGGCUAGGGACCAGGUCUCAAGGAUUUUAUAGCCUUUGUAAAGUUUGGAUCAAAAUAUAUAAUCUUGAAAUGGGCCUAUCUUAUCUGCUCGACAUAGAUUGCAACUUACGAAGUUCAAAAAUUCAGCAACAUGUGCAGAAAGCAUUUAGGAUAUCUUGGACUGGAGAAAUAUUGCGUUUAAAGACCAUCUUCAUCUUUACAAACUACGGCCCUCUUCUAGAAUGGUUUCUGCAGAAAAGUAAAUCUUCAUGUUUGUCGCUGUUCUAUAUCAUAGUAUCUAGUCCUUUGAAUAGUUCCAUCUUCCCAUUCAUUCGUGAUGGAGCCUUCAUCUCCAAAUUUCUUCCAUUCCAUCAAUGAAUUAUGUGUAAUAGUUCUAAAAUCUAAAUUAGCUAAUUGUUCUCUGAUAGAACCCUUUUCAUUAGAGAUCUCCAUUUUCAAAUGUUUUGAAGCUUUCAGCAUUUAAAAAGGGAAAAGUGGGGUGCUGCUUCUAGCUUCUUUCAAAUAUCUCCCUAACUGGUUUUUCAGAAGUCAGAACGUACCACAUAUAUAGACCGAUAUUUGUCUUGCAUUUCUUCACUGUACCUCUAUAAUUCAUUCUUUCAUUUCUCCUGGCAGGAAGUCUUUAAGAAUGCCAUAUUGAAUCCUGCGCCACCUGAAAAGUUUGCUCUUCAGGCUGUGCAAGAAGCUAUUAGACCUCAGGUGCAAGAAGCUAUUUUUUUUAAACCGCCCUUACUAUUUCACAGCAUAUCUCCGCGCCAUCAUGCUAAAUGACGUUGCUGAUAAAUUUAGUGGCAUUAUUUCAUUUUUUUUAAAACCCAUGACGGGCUCAGCUGGUUCUAAAUCUAUCUGAUCUGCCUUUUUGCGUUUUGUUGUCAGAGACAAACAGUAUUGGUUCAAGAUGAGAAUCAGUUACUGGAAAAUUCACUUCGUGCAUUACUUCAGGAACUGGUCGUAAGUUCCUAAUCUUGGCAAUGCUUUUUUCAAGUUUACUCCCUUUUCCCGUUCAGGUGAAUUGCACGGAGAAUUCCCUUGAAAAUGGCAAAUUGCAUCAUGAAUAACUUUGUUACUGCUUCUUGGACGAGUUCAAUUUGCUUGAAAGGGGUUCAUCCGUCUCCCUUGAUGAUAAAUGGCAAAAGGAACCUUCGUCCUACGUUUUUUAUGCAUGACACUGGGUGUGCGCAGCACAUAUAUCAAUAACUUAGAAAAUGCAAAAUUUUGACUGCAGCAGAAUAGAUGAAAUUAUAAAAUAUGUUGUCAUUUUUAUAAAAUGUUGAUGUUACAUGGUGUCGUUUUGGAUUGUUUCUAAAUGAUGACUAUGUACUAGAGUCAUUCAUUCUCCUAUUUUUCAGUAAUUAGAAAAUAUGAAACACCAAAAUAAGGAAAUUGUACCGCAGCUCCCUAGGAAAAUAUUUUUUUAUUGUCGUCUUUGGUUUCUUUAUCUCCUUCAAUUAAGCUUCGUCUAGGAAUAAGAGGAUUGGCUUUCCCAAAAAAUUUCCACAAGUGGCCACUUGCCAUUCAGGCCCCACUUAUAACAAACUAAGGAUUUGACGCCAGAGGCGAGAGGGAGAGAAGGGGCCCCAAUUAUAACAAACUAAGGGAAGACUGACUUUUAAAAAGGGGCCCCAGACCUUUGAAGAGGGAUACCGACUUUUGAAGAACCAUACAAACUUGAGAGAACAUGCCCUUUUUGGAUAAUAUUAGCAUGGCUUAGUAAUCUAAUCUGAAGGCUUGAAAUGGUUUUAAUGUGCACGUGGCGUGGUUGUAGUGUGCAGCACCUUUUUUUUUUUUUGCGGUGGGAGGAAGGAACUACACUCUCAGGUUCAUAUUCCCGGGAAAGAACAAUAUUAGAAUGUGACAACACUGGUGUCUCUGCUUUAACCCCUCUCAAUACCUUACCUUAUAUUUCUCCUGGCAUUUUGGAACUAACCUCGUUCAGGUCACAUAGAUUCACACACUUAUAAAUGUUGAUCCUGCCAGGUACAUAUGCGUAAAUGCACCCCAUAUCGGUUGCUCGAGACUUUUAUUUAAUUUUCUGGGCGCUCUUAUUGACUUGAUUAUGCAUGAGUUUCAAUAAAACUUCUAUCAUCUUCUUUCUAUGCUAAGUGCUGCUCAUAUUUCCUUUCCAGUCAUCUGCUGUCCAGUCAGAUGAAUGGAUCAUGCAAUUUGGACAAUCAAUUGAUGAUGCAGAGAGUGCAUGCGGUCAAAUACCACGCCUCCUUGGUUUGUACCUCUGGCCUUAUCGCACUUUUUGAGCUGGUCCAUUUGCGGGGGCUCACCUUAUUAUUUUUUUAUCUCUUUAUUUAGGAAUCCUGUAUUCUUGAAAUGGCUUUCGGUUUUCUCAGUAAAAAAAUAAUGUUAUGAUUUAUAUUUUUUUGUUCCUCAGAUGUUGUCUUGUACCUUUGUGAAAACGGCCAUGUUGAAGGUGGUAUGAUAUUUCAGCUUCUAGAAGAUUUAACAGAAAUGUCGACCAUGCAAGACUGCAAGGAAGUUUUUGGCUACAUUGAAAGCAAACAGGAUGUCCUAGGAAAAGUAUGCUAUCCAUCCUUCUCUGCAAUUCUAAACAUAUUGUAUUUUCAGCUUCUAGUUUCAAGCAUCUGUGGUCCACGAUUAUUAUUUAAUAUCAGGUUGUAUCACCUUCAGCAAGAGCUAUUUGGCCGAGGGAAACUUGUGAUGCUGCGGACAUGUAAUCAACUCCUUCGUCGGCUUUCAAAGGUAAGGUUUUAUAUAUUGAAACAGCUACCGGUUUAGUGUAUUAUAGAUUUGAUGCCUCAUUUGCUCUCAAACACCCAAAACCAAAGCUAACGGCCAUUCUGGCUUCUAAAUCCUUUUCUGCUGAAACUUUCGAUAUUGUCAAAUUGGAGAGUUCUUUCCUUCAAAAGUGUGUUCUUUCCUUCCAGACUGUCCCAAGCUGGUACAUUAUUAUGUUUUACGUUAUCAUUGUGUCUAGAUGACGAAAUAAAUUAAACUUUUCAGGCAAAUGACGUGGUAUUUUGUGGAAGAAUCCUUAUGUUUCUCGCUCACUUUUUCCCGCUAUCUGAGCGCUCGGGUAAGGUUUUUUUCCCCUUUGUUUGGAAAUUGGAUGCUUAUUCAUUUCCCAUUUAGGCCUUUAUUUUGCAAGGGCUUACUAUUUUCCCUAUUUUUUACAGCUGUGAAUAUAAAGGGUGUUUUCAACACAUCAAAUGAAACAAAAUACGAGAAAGAUGCACCUGAUGGUAUGGUAGACUUUAGAAUAGAGUCAAAACUUAAAUCGUUUGCUUUCCUUAAAUCUAUCUCUGAUCUCAUUGUAUGUAAUGUAUUUCUUCCUUUACCCGAGAUGUCUAAUUUUUUUUCCUCUUUGGCCAUUCAGGAAUUUCCAUGGAUUUCAACUUUUACAAGACCUUUUGGAGUUUGCAGGUUUUCAUUAUCAGUUCUCUUCCUUCUAUAAAAAUUACAAAAAAGAAGCAAUAGUGAGUUAAAUGACUAAUCUAAACUUAAAAUAAAUUAGAUUAAUCACGUGAGCACUUGUGAUGACAUUCCAUGACAUGAAAUAAAACCUAACAUUGAUUUUGUGCAUUGCUACCUUCGUAGAUCUGUUUCUUUUCCACUAUGCAUGCUCUCUAUUAUGAAAGAAAUGAACUGACUGCUCAUAUUUUUGAUGUUUGGGGCACUGUUUGGUAGGAAAAGAAAAAAAUACAAAAAAAAAGGCGAUUAUGUCUCAGCUUAAUUCUUGUUUUAGCUCCUACCAAAUAGGGUUUCGUUUAAUUGGAAUCUGCUUUUGCAAUUUUUAAUAGUACUUGAACAGGUAACUUGGGUGUUGCUGAGAGGUUUUUUUCUGCUUUAGAACAAUAUGUGCAACUUUGGGUAUGUUUUAAUUUCAAGAAUAACGGGUUAAUAAACUCAUUUAUUUUUAAUAAUGGAUCGACUCACCUUUCCACGGCUUAGAGGAGGAUUUUUUAAACUUGUAUAUGACACAAUCUUUUAUUCAUUAUUACUGUUACUUGUUGUGAUAACUGAUAGUGUAAUUCCCUGUUUUGUGUGACCAGGAACAUUUCCGAAGUCCAGCUUCUACAACUCUUGCACCCACCAAUUGGCAGAAAUUUUCAUCCAGGCUAAUGGUAUUCAUAUUGUGUUUCUUCAUCAUUUCUCCUUUUUAGAAAAGUUUUCUUUCUGUUAAUAUUUUCCCCUGUCUUCGUUAUCCGUUUGUAAUGAUUAAAUUUUAGGUUGUACUGGAUACUUUUGAAGCUCAACCAUUAAGUGAAGAUGAUGGAAAUUCGAAUAUCCUCGAAGAAGAAGAGACAGCUUUCAGCAUUAAGUACUUGACAAGUAGUAAAUUGAUGGGUUUAGAGGUAUGUAAUAGGAAAGUGACCGGCCUUACUGAUGUUGUGUGAAUCUUCUGAUAUAUCAUUUCUUCUUUCACUUGGGAUAGCGCCCUUCAUUCUUAGUGUUUUUAUUUCGUGGUUGCAGUUGAAAGACCCAAGUUUUCGUCGCCAUAUCCUUUUGCAGUGCCUCAUACUGUUUGACUAUCUCAAGGUAGUACAGCGUAGUACAACAAAGACUACACGCGAAUUUGUAUUUCAUCCAAUAGCUAUUUGUAAUUUAUGAUAAACCGACAAAUCCUUGAUGGUUGUUUGUUGUCAAUUGAUUGAUGCAUCUGUAAUUAGAAGAUCCUGAUGAGUUUCAAGACCGCCAGUCUGCGUAUGGCCUUAGAGACAAAGAUGGAUGAUAAAAAUAUCAAAUUUAGGUAACUCAUGAAGAUCAUGCAAAUGUUUAGGUUUAUUAAUGCAGAUAUUGGUAGGAUUUGAAUAUUAGGCAAUGCAAGGAUGAAUUGGAAAGCAACAGCGUGACUUUCUUUUGUGGGUAGAGUGGUGGUUCUUUUGACCCUAUUCCUGUCCUGAAAAAAUGUAAAUAAAUCAUGAGCCCUAUGUUUCCUUUCAAAGUCAUAUCUCAUCUACUGUAUGAUUAACGUUCUCUUUCCUCUGUAUGCCAAGCAGACGCCAGGUAAAAAUGACAAGGAUGGACCUUCUGAAAGCAUGGUAAGAAGUAACACCAUUUUAGGAUUUUGAUAAUCUAAUUUGCUCCAGUUUAUUUUAUUCUGUCUUGUCAUCAAUUUUCCUGUUGUUGCCUUUGUAACAGUUUUUUAUCAGCUCAUUUAUUUAUAAUGAUUGAUUGAUUGACUAGUCUAACUGUAGAAAUCAUUACUGAACCUCAAUAUUUCAUGAAACUUUUGCUCUUGUUACUUUAAACCUUGUCUUUUGGUACUUAAGAUGAUAUUAUUGAUUCAUAUCCGACAUUAUCUGUAAGUGUCAGUUUAGUUUGUUCUUCUCUUGUUGUAUGCAUCAUUGGCUGAAUUUUUUAUUAAAAGUGGAGUUUAAUAAAUGGUCCUUUCGAUUCUUUACCUGGCCUCAGAUAUCUACGGUGAAAGCGCAUGUUCUAGAUCUGUGCCUUAAUAUUAUACUGUAUGUCAUUAUCAUAGAAAGCUCUGCAUUUUGCAAUAGAAAGAUGUUUUUUGGCUACUAGAAAUCCAGUCGUCUUGUAUAAACUUAUCCAUCCGAAUUUUUCAUCCCAGUAAAAUUGAGUGCAUCUCACUGUUUAAAUGGCCGUAAAUAAAGAGAUUCUCAAACAAGUUCCAUCAUUAUUUUAAAACAAUUCACCUGUCAUCAAAUAAAUUAUCGUUUUCUUUUGCUCGUCAGAAGGAAGAAAUUACAACAUGUGAAGAACGUGUAAAGAAGCUUCUCGAAGUGACUCCCCCCGAUGGAAAGGAGUUUCUUCAGAGCAUUGAACAUAUACUGGAACGAGAAAAAAAUUGGGUAAGUCUUUAAGUUAUUUUGGUACAUAAUAUCCAUGUCUAAUCAAGCAAACCUUCGAUACUAUUUACUACUUGUGAGCAUGGGGUAUUAUAUGCUUCUCAACCUCGUCGAACUUCUUAGGUUUGGUGGAAACGAGAUGGUUGCCCAGCAUUUGAAAAACCUGCAAUUGAAAGAAAAACUGGUCAAGAUGGAGUUAGAAAACGGUAUGGCUAUUAUCAGCUUGUAUUCUUCUUUUUUUCACACCGUUACUUUUGCACUGAAUAGUCUUGUUUAUGUCCAUUCACUUUUUAUAAUGGAAUACUUCAAGAAUUACAGGAUUGGAGCAGCCAUCAGGAUAGACUAGACCCAGCCUCAAUCAUGUUCAGAUUGAUUAAGCUGAAUAGGGAAGAAAAUCGGCGGAUCUAACUACAACAGAAAUAAUUCUGUAUAGAUAGGUCUGUAGAUUUUAAGAGAAUAUUCUAAAUGCAGUUUUAAAGCGACAAAUACUAGAAGUCACCGUGGAGACUUAAAAAUUUAGCAUAUUGGAAGCGAUACUAAGAUUGAUAUACACCUUGGCAUUCUAAAAGUUUAGUGCGUGUUUUCUAACCCAAGGAAUGAAGCAGAUAUAAUGCAUUGAAAUCUGUGAAUUUUAUCAAUAAUUUACAGAUAGAUUAUGGUAGUAUCUCAGAAGAUAUGGGAAAGUUUGUCCAUUAUGUAAAACCCAUAAAAAGUAGAAAUUGAAAUAACAUUAAUGAAUGAAAAUGUAUGAUCUUUAACACACUACUCGAAUGAUAUUAGAAUCUGAGUCAAUAUUUGUGAUUUUUAGUGAUAAUUUACUAUGCUAAACACUCCUUCAUAUAGUCUACUUCAGAUAAUCCUAGUUGUGCUGCACAUACUACACAGAUAUUAAUGAUGCUACGUUCGAAAAUCUAAAGUCUUCUUGAGGAUGACAUUAUCACUGGCUUGAAGUGCCUCAAAGAUAUGUUGGUCCUGGUGGAUUGGGAACUCCAAAAUGGGAAGUACUUUAUUCUGCACUGCUUACUUGAUCUGCUCGUCUCUUGAUGGUUGUUGAUUCCAUUCUCCUUUAUAGUGUUCUUGGGUUUGUGUGUGGUGUGAAUUAUUGCCGAAUUCAGGUCUAAAAUUCUGGUAAUCUCUCCAGCUUACGAACCUUAAUCCUUAGAUUUCUAGACGUUCAAUCAUUUAACCCAUGUUUCUUCUUCCAAAUUUUAACUCUCUCUGUUUCCUUGAAGCUCAAAUUCUAGGCCCCUGGACUGUCUUAUUGGCCUUUUGUCGUCUGAUAUCAUUUUGGUUAAAAAAUUUCGCCUGAUCGAAUAUUUGUUGUGUACACCGUUUGUGAGGCGUGAGACCACAACUCACUCUCAGAAUAUUAUUGGCUGUCCUGAAGAUCGUAAUUACUACCAUUAAAAACUACAGUUUUUGGAUGUAGCAACUCUCUUUGUUAGUUAACGAAAUUAGUAUUUUGCCACUGUUUUUUGUGUUCAAAUAUGUUCAUGGGAAGUGUCUAUUAGGUACACUGGAUGGAGCAAUCCUAAUUUUAUUGCCUAUUUGAUGUAUUUUGCAGUAGCAUUCUAAUAGUGCAUAGAUGUUUCGUUUUCUAAUUCAAUUUGUUGACGGCAUCACAGGCACAUGCACACAUGCAGGCUUCCUCUGCUGUAGUUGAUGUUGAUUUUUUUGUUGCACAGGAGGCCUAGGUAUCGCUUGGGAAAUAAAGAGCUAUCACAGUUGUGGAAGUGGGCAGAUCAGAAUCCAGUACGUUAUCUUUAUAGUAUUUCUUCAGUGUUAUCUACUGCAAUGCUACAGAAAGUGUAAUUUGAGUUUUGCUAUUGAAAUUUUUGGUGCUCGGUUUUAAUCACCUUUUCCUAUUCUAAUACCUGAACAGUCGUUUCUGUCAUCAGCCCCUUAUCCCAAGACCCUAUGUAACAUUAAACUGAGAGAUAAUAUGAUGCCUCGAUAGAUGGGAUAUGUUCUAAAUUGGAGCCUUCUCAUUUAUUUACGCAAUCCUUUCUCUUUUUUGAACGUCAAUCUCUGCUUUUUCAAUCUAUACUAGCAUAUAUGUAGUUUCUUUGAGUCUCUGUAUUUUUUUUGUUUUUUAACUAUUGUUGAAACUCCAGAAUGCUCUAACUGAUCCCCAUCGUGUGCGCACACCAUCAGUUAUGGAAUAUUGGAAACCCCUCGCAGAAGAUGUGAGCUUUUCAACAACUCUCUAUUUUUUAUUAUCCCGAGGAUUGCGUAUUUUUUUCUCUUAUCUGCUUCUGUAGCCCUUUAGUUUUUGCUUGUGAUGAAUAUUCUUCUAGAAACCUCUGCAACCAAUAGUGUGUGAUGCGUAUAGUUUUGUAACAUUUUCCUUUCCCUCCAGUAAGAGUUUGCUGACAUUCUCAAUUGUUGACAUGAAAAUUUCAGAUGGAUCCCUCUGCCGGAAUAGAAGCCGAAUAUCACCACAAAAACAAUAGAGUAUGUUUUGUGUUUAAUAGUUGGUAAAUGAUCCGCGUGUAUGCCAGACAACCGCUCGUUGAAUACCCAUAUUUAGUUUGUCUUAUGGAUGCUUGUUUCAUGUAUGACCUAUAACACUAUUUAAUACAUGAUAAAUAUAAACUCGUUUUAGAUUUACAGCUAAGGGAAGGUUAAAAGGAUAUAUAUAAAAUAGAUUUAUUUAUUUUUGACGAUUUGUUAAUUAAUAUGGAUUACAGUUGCCAUAGAUGUCUCUUCAAACAGUUUUCCUUCUUAGAGAUGAAGUUACAUUGUUUUUAUUUAUUUCCUCCAAACCUGCUGAUUUCAAAAAGACCAGAUCAAAUAUUUAGGCUAUUAGAUUUAAAGUGUAGCAUUUCUCAUUCACUAAGUGCCAUAAACGAAGUGGUGUGCACAGAUGUGCUCCAUGUCCUAUGUUCUUUUCAGUUCUUUGUCCCCAUGUAAUAAUUCCAAUGAUAUUACUGUUGGUUCAUUUGAUGAUUCUUUUCGCUGAGUUUCUCCAUUCUCUUACUAUCACUGACCUGUGUCUGAGUUUCAGGUCUAUUGCUGGAAAGGUCUUCGACUUUCUGCACGGCAAGACUUGGAAGGAUUUUCUCGGGUAUAUAAUCCUCAUCCUACUUUCUAGAUCCUACAAAGGGGUGCCUUUUAUUUCUACCCAUUCUGAAGCAAAUGUUCUUCUUUGCUAUUUCGCAGUAUACUGAUUCUGGCGUUGAGGGAGUCGUUCCCCCAGAACUUUUACCCCCUGAAGUUCGUUCCAAGUUCCAUGUAAAAACCAAUGAAAGGUCCAAACGAGCUAAGAAGGAUGAUGAAACGAAAUCUUCUACUGCAGCGCGACUGGAAGAAGGCCAGGUAGCUAAACGGAAAACUCAAUUCUUGUUGACUUUUUAUGCUCACUGCAUAGCUUAAGAUUCUCUAACAUGCUUGCGAUUGCCAUGCCAAGUCGUACAGUUUGUAACGUGCGCAAGCCAGUAUGUAGAUCCCUUCGCUCAUUCUUGAGGUUAUUGCCCUGUGCUAGGUCACAAAACGAGUUUUUCUUGCAAUUGGUGCCAAUCGGCCGGGCUAGUUAGGAAGGCCGAUGGUACACAAAAUCAGCAUCCUGCAUCCUCUCCUUAUUAAUUAGGCACACCUAAAAUCGAGUCAGAUCAAUCAUUUUAUGGACUGAGACACUUUUUAGCCUGAUACCCUAUCAAAGAUAAUGUGGCUUAACACCAUCUAAGGCACUGCGGGCCUUCAAAGGCCUUUGCGGCCUGGAAAACAAGCUCAUACUCGUGAAUUUUUCGUUGGUAUCAUCCGUUGACAUUUGUUGAAUUAUUUUCCCAAGGAAUUAAGCAUUGAAUGCUUAAUCCCAAAAAAACCUGCAGGAAAUUAUUCUUAUGGGUAUGAUGAAUACUUAUUUGAAAACACAUUCCAGUGUAUUAAGAACGAAACUGGUGCAUUGACUUGUAUAUCCAAGGUUACAACUACAGCAGCCGAGAUGGAUGGUGGCGCGAGUGGCGCUGAGCUAGAAGACGCACCAGCUGCCGUGGAUGCAGAUACUGCGGUCGCUGGUGCUACCCACAUUGGGGAGUUGACUCCUGAAGUUCAGAAACAAAGCCCAGAGUCAAAUACGGGCCAGGAUGCCAUGCAGUAUGAAGCUGAACCUGAGGCUGAGAUCGAUGUCGAGAGGGAAUCCGAUGUGGAGACGAAUCCUGCUACUGCGGAUUUGAAUGACAGCGCUAAAGAAGGCCUGUAA